CAUCUUUCCCGAUGGCCUCAGAAGAGUCCUCCCGGGAAGUCACGGCACCCUCUCCUCCUUCCCUCCCAGAACUGCCCGUGGGGCCUCGGUGACGGGAACCCCAGUCCUGGCACCACCUGCCCUGCCCCUCUACCAGGGGUGCUCCAGCAGCGGCACCGAGGUGAGGACACCCUACAAGAGAGGCCCUGGGAAAGGGGGAGGAGAGAUCAGAACCGAUUUAGGUGUGAAUGUCAGUACUGCCAGAGCCACGGGCCCCAUGUGGGUAGGAUGCCUGCGGAGAGAAAGGGGGCCCCACUGCCUCCCUCCGGGGAAAGCCUCCUACAGGGCCUGGGCUUGAGGCGCAGCCUGGGUCCCUAUCGGCCCGGCCUUCCCUCAGAAGGGCCGCUCCCACAGCAGCACGGACAGGACAAACUCGAACUGGAGGGGCGGCAGGAGAGCAAAAGCAUGUCCCAGAGGCUCCUCAAGAGGUUCCAGUGGUUGAAGGACAACUGA